CCCAAGCUACUGCAUGCUACACUGGCGGUUGACCUUGUCGCCCGAUUGGUGGCAGUGACCUGCCGACAAUGAGAGGCCGAGUGAAGAGUCCAUGACCUUCUUACCGCUUGGCGAGAUCGAACGAAUGCACGUUUCGGUCUACGACCGUAUAAUAAGGGUAGAAACGUUCGUGAUCCGCGAACGCCUUGCAAAUCUUCGAUUGGGGGUUCUGCACGCGCUUGGUCUGUCUGCACCGUGCGGCAUGCUGCGGACAAGAGGCAUUUUCUCGACGGUGCACGCCUGGAAUAGCGUAACGCAUUCCGCAGACCAUUACUGGAGUGAUACAAUUCCAAGUUGCAGCGGUAUCGCGCCAUCUUCAGAACCAUUCUGUGCGCCACAUUUGAUACGCUGCGACACUCAAGGACAGGAUCUUCAGCAAACGUUCGACUGCGGCGAGGUGCGGUUGGAGGUCCAGUAAAACAGCAUGGUAAGGUCGAAUAAUGAGGACCGGAGUU